CACGGCGGAACGAAGCUCGAGUGACAGCUCACAUCCAGCUUGACCUCAUCACCGCUCACUGCAGGUUUGGGCUCAAACACCAAUCAGCCAGUAGAGAAGACCAUGGAAGAAAAUUAUCAUAUGACCAAGACUGCCAGCAGCGAGCCGUGAGCCGGCCGGACAGAGCAGCUGGCAACGAGUCGGUCUCACAAGAUGCCGGCCGUGGCACCACAUGUCGAUCUGGUGGCCUCCAACACGCAUGGCCAGGGUAUAACCGAGUCCGUCUCGAGGUCCCCUUCGAUAUACAAGGCCGCUCAGUGGACUGCCGAUGGGACAACCGUCAUCGCAUCCACAUAUGAUCACCAACUCUGCAGCUUCGUCGUCCCCUCGGACCUGCUUGAGCCAAGGGACCACCCUCUUGUCCUUCGCCCUCAGAAGACCCUCAGUCUCCCAGAGACGACCAAUGUCUUCGCACCGGCUCCUUACUUCGCCCUGGAGGCCCCCGAGACUCACCACGUGCUCGUCGCCUGCCGUGACCACCCGAUCCAGAUAUUCCGGGCUCUCCCAACCACGCCAACCCCCAGUGAUGACCACCAUGAACCCCAUCACCCCGGGCUGGACGAGACCAGCUCCCUGUUCUCGUACCGCCUGAUCUCGCCCCAGACAGAGGCCUACCUCCCCGUGCACUCGCUCUCCUGGCCGACCCCAAACUCCGCCACCAGCCCGUCCUUCUUCGUCGGGAGCAACAACCUCAUCGCCCAGUUCAACCUCCACCGCAUAGGCGGCGGCCCGCAGCACGUCGUCCACACCAUCCCCUCCAGGCGCCACAUAUCCAAGGGCAACGGCGUCGGCAUGCGGGGCACCGUGUCCGCCCUGUCCAUGCAGAACGACGAGAACUACGUCCCGACCGGCUUGCUCGCCGCCGGCACCUGGACCCGGUGGGUGGGCCUGUACGACUUUGCCCGAGGCGGUGAGCGCGUCGCCACCUGGAGCGUCGCCGAGGCGGCCGCGUCCGCGGCUGUCCAGGAACCCCCCUGGGGUUCGCCCCAACGUGCCACGGCCCCGGCCCCGGCCCCGGCCCCGGCCCCCAGCGGAGGCAUAGGCGGCGCCGGCAUCAUGCAGACGGCAUGGUCGCCCGACGGGCGGUACCUCCUCGUGAACGAGCGGCAGUCCACGGGCGUCCUGAUCUACGACGUCCGCGUGACGAACAAGGUCCUCGGCUUCCUGGCCGGCCGCGACGCCCUGACGCACCAGAGGCUGGACCUCACCGUGUACCCCGACUCGGAGGGCAUGGGCGGCUUCGAGGUCUGGGCGGGUACCACCGACGGGACGGUCAAGGUGUGGCAGGGCGUCGGCAACGAGGAGGGCUGCAUCUGGCCUUCCUGGGACUUCUCGACUGUGGGCGAGCCCGACGUUGAGGAUAGGCUGCCGCGCUCCCCGGUCGGCAGCGUCGCUCUCCACAAGUACGGGUCUGUUGUUGCAACAUGCACGGGCGGCUGGAGGGUGACCGGAGAGAAAGACAACGGUGAUGUGGAUGAUAAUCAAGUGUCCUCUGAUGACUCUGAUUCCUCAUCCUCAAGUGCCAGUUCGUCCGAGGACGAGUCGGAUGCAUCGUCGUCGUCCAGUUCAUCAUCCACUAUGCAUCGGCCUAUUGGACGAUAUCCUGCCAAUCGCACGUUUGACGAAUCCUAUCUGAAGAUCUGGAGCAUACGCACAAACUCGCAUGAUGAGGCUAGCCCCAAGGAAAUGGCCACUCCGGGGCUGGAGAGUGCUCAAACGGAUGUCUACAUGGGCGUGCCUUAUCGAGACGCAUCACGUAUGGACUCAUAUUCUAUGGAUGCGGAACCGGCAGGUUGAGUCCUUGAUAGUAAUGACACUUUUUCUUUUAAAAAAAAACAAGUGACUGGAGCUCCUCUCUUUGAAUUGAUAGAAACAAGUCUUCUUUGUGAUCGGCCUCGAAUUUGUUUCGAUCAUGAAAUUGCGACUAUGAGUGUGUGUAUUGGUUGGUUCCAGAGCAAAUAAGCUCCUCAGCAGGCGUUCUGACUACCUGGAAAAUGCGAGAGGAAUUGCGAUUCACGUACCUGCUAUCCAUCGCCGCCGCUCCUCCGGUGGCGCUCCAGUUCAAGGUUUAUUCCAAAUCUCGUCCACAACUCGACUGACGCGCUCCAUUACCCGCGUCCCAACCACCGGUCCAAAGAGGCGCAUCCUGUCAUUCCGAGUCAUCGUGACGAAGGCGGCCAGCCCGUGCUGCUCUCCCGCCGUGGCCGUAUCCGCCUUGGGCACUUUGAGCUGCCCAGCCACCAUCUGCGCCGCGUAGGCAUUGAAGCCCGCCCUUCGCAGCCACAGCUCCCAGAGCGUCUCGUCUUCCAUCAGGCAUGCCUGGAGACUGGGGUCGGACUGGCCAUAUCGACACACAAGAGACGCCACCCACCGUGACAGUGUGUCGUCACCGCCGCCGAUAUAGUACACGAGAGCCUUGCACCACAGCCCGCUCGCAAAACCCUGGAAACUUGUGAGCGCGGCCGCAUCCGAGGAUGACAUCUCCCCGAAGGUAUCGUCAGGGCCGCCCUCGCCCCCGACGAGGAUGAUCAGCCGGCCGUACCGCGGGGCAAUCUUCUCGACCCUCUCUUGGACGCUGUUUUUGGAUGCGUGCGGCCGCGGCUUCUGGCGGACUUUGAUCAUGGACGUGGUGAUGAUCCCGGUUGAUGGUGAAAGAGUAAGAUCCGCAUCAAAAGCGAGAGGCGGAACUACUUCCGUGCGGGAAACGGAGCCUGGACUCCAAACGGAAGUGUUGUGUUUGUUGUAGUCGCGCUCCAUCAGAGUGAGGCCUGGGAGUAGGCCCUCAAGGCCUUUGAUCAGGUGCCGAGGGGCGGUCAGAGAAAUAAUGAUCGUCAACGGAGCGGAUGGGGUCUUGAUAGAUGGGUAUUGCGCCCGAGCAGGCGACUUUGAGCACGAAUCAGAGUCCCCUCCUGUUGAUUUUCCGUUUUCGCCCGAUUCCUGGGCCUUCUUUGGCUGAUUUCCAGGAACUUGAAGCGCCGAC